AUGAAGCUCUUUUCCCACAGCUGGUGAUGGCGGAUGUUGUUGAAAAAGAGACCAUGAAGAACUACCACAUAGCUUCCGAGAAAAUCAACCCGGAGAGCGGCCGUUUUCCCUACUGUGUCGUGUGGACGCCCAUCCCCGUACUCUCAUGGCUGGUUCCAUUCAUUGGCCACAUGGGAAUCUGCACUUCCACUGGUGUCAUCCGGGACUUUGCUGGACCUUACUUUGUCUCAGAAGACAACAUGGCCUUUGGAAAACCAACAAAGUACUGGAUGCUUGACGUUAGCAAAGUCUACGCUAGUGGCUCCAAUGCCUGGGACACAGCGGUGCACGAUGCCUCAGAGGAGUAUAAGCACAGGAUGCACAACCUCUGCUGUGACAACUGUCACUCACAUGUCGCCAUGGCUCUGAAUCUGAUGCGGUAUGAAAACAGCACGUCGUGGAACAUGGUCAACCUCUGCCUCCUCGCUCUGAUCCAUGGAAAACACAUCAGCUGUGCCAGCUUCCUGAAGACCUGGCUGCCUUUCCUGAUGCUGAUGGGCAUCAUCUUCACAGCGACCCUGGCCAUCAACCUGCGGUGACCUGGGAGGCAGAUCGAGGACACAUCGGAACCCCUGCAGGUCGGAUGUGGGGUUGACCUUUUUACCGAGGAGAUAAAAGACUUCUGACCUCGGAGAACGUCCGACACGUGUAUACCAACAGGCGGUUGCUUUGUGGGAAGCAGGCAGUCCGUUACUGGUAUUAUUCCAGGGGUGAAGCUGGAAUGCCCUUGUGAUGGAAAUUAAUUCAUACUCAGUCAUUUAUUUAGAGAGAAGUGACUGAACACCCAACGCCCACAACAACCGGAAUGGAAUAUUAUUAAUGGAUUAUGAUUAUUGAAAGCCUAACAGCAGGUUUCUCUCUCUCUCGUCACCUCUCUCUCUCGUCACCUGCAGAGAGAGUAGACGUUGUGUAGCUUCAUUGAUUGUUGAGUAGAGGAACACACACACAUAGCUGAAGUCUCAGACGGAAAAACACAUUCAUGCCUUGCUUUCAGAUAUUUGACGAUUUUCUUUUUUGUAAUGGCUUGGGAAUAUAAUCCCACGAUUCAGUGCUUCCAGGAUGCCAUUUUAUAUAUACUGCGGAGCACAAACAUUUUAAAUCAAUUAGAUGCCUUUCUAGGGACUUGAUUGCAUUUCAUGCUUGAUCUAAUGUAGCUCUUCUGCGGAACUGCGACUUAAAGCUAAAACAUAGCCAGAGCUGUUUGUAUUUUUGUGCAUUUUUUCAUAAAAGUCUGCCUCUUCUAAAAAGAACUAUUUUCUUAGAGAUACGUCGUACGUGCAUUACAUGUAUCACCUCAUGGUACUGCUUUUAAUAGGUUUACAGGAAAUGUUUUCAUACCUUUUUUAAAACUACAGAUCAUCUAAAUUGUAGCAACCUCAGUGAAUGUCGUUGUGAAGCAUUUCUGGUGAAACAAACAGAAUCGCUGAGCCUUUGGUUUUCGGUUCUUGUGCCAAAUGUAGGCGAAAGGGAGACCAACUCAAACUGUGUCCUUGAAUAUCUAAUUGUUUUUCUUUGGUGGAACAGCUCAUUGGUGACAAAGUUAGUGAAUGAAAAGCCAGUUGUUGUUGUUAUGAAACCUGGUCUUGAUCUUUUUGCGAAACCUGAGAGAUAUUUAGUUUCUAAUUACAAUUUUUUUACUUUAAGGGAAAAAGUAAGAGUCAGUGCCUAAACAUAACCUCUCACAGAUCCUCCAUACAUCAUACUUUCCUUUUUUUUUGACACGUUCUAAGAGCAGCGUUUAUUCCAAUUGAUGGUUGGCACUCCAACUCCGUUGCCAUGGCUGUCGUGAGUAGAUUCAAAUCCCCUCUUUUGUUUGCAAUCAAACAGGGGGAAAAAAAGUGUUGAGCCCUUCUCUUUGUCUGCGGUGCUGCCAGAAGCAGCAGGUAGUCAGGAUCCUCAGGUUUUUUCACACUCGUCAACCUCCGCUGAAUAUCUCCAGUUCCCCACAGCGCCGGCCCAGCGUCGCUCCUGCUGGUUUCCACCUCUGCGGAUCAGAGUCAAAGGUCGCUGCCGUUUCACGGAGCUUUGAUACUUGGCGGCCGACAAAGUAGAUGUCAUUUAAGUGUGAUCGUAUAGAUUAAACUCUGUUUUUAUUUUCUGUAUCAAGGGUUUAACUUUAGGGCUAACACAGUGCCAGUUUUCUAAACUUUGCUCCUCUCAUCAGGCUUCUGUUGAAAGCAGAUAUCCUGUGACCUCUUGUGUGUAUUCCACCCAUGUUGCCUGUAAAUAUUUGAUCACACAUCAUCCUGUAGUAAACCAGGUGCUCUUCAUACACGUUUCAAACUUUAUUGCUCACUCUACAGAUUCAUCCUUUGAAUAAUUUACGGUGUAAUUCUUUGUUUCUCUUUACUCCACUCCUGCAUAUCAUCUCUGCCCGGCAGCACAUUUGUGCCUGAAUGUGUGUGUGUGUGUGUGUGUGUGUGUGUGUGUGUGUGUGUGUGUGUGUGUGUGUGUGUGUGUGUGUGUGUGUGUGUGUGUGUGUGUGUGUGUGUGUGUGUGUGUGUGUGUGUGUGUGUGUGUGUGUGUGUGUGUGUGUCACAUGCACACAGCGAUCGGAGAGCGCAUGUGAUUGCAUGCCAGCAUGUGUGUGUGUUGCAUGCAAGCGAGAAAUGUUUGAGAGAUAAGUUUUUCAUGUUUGACAGAACACUGUGGCUUCUUGAUUUAUAAUCAGCUGCUUUUUAUUGCAGCAAACUGCCAAGUGAUUGAUUUCUAUAUGUAUUACUCCAUGUCGUUCUCCUAAUCCUAAAGUUUUAUAUGAUUGCUGGCAAACCUUAAGAAUAAAUAAUAAAUUCCACUUAAACAGGCCUGCUUAACUUAAUGAUGAUUUGAUGCAUUGGUCUGUGCUCUUCUGUGUGUAGCUACAGAUUCUGCAGAUUAGAGCUGCAGAGUCAUUUUAUCAAAGCAUUCAAAGGAGGAAAUGGAAAGAAAUGGAGAAUCUGCCCUCAAUUUGAACAGUGCAUUCUGUAUAAAAAAACACUUUAAAACCUUCUUACUUUGACCUUUCAUGACUUUUUAUUUCCAAAUGCCAUGUCGCAAGCAACUUGCAUGAAGAGGUAAUCACAUUUUAUUGUAAAUAUUUUAAGCCCAAAGUCUCAAAUAUUUAUAUUUUAAAUUGUUGGAAAAUUAAGAUUUUGGACAUUGAAUGCAAGAAAGCAGACUUCGUUCUGCGUUCGUAGUUGUGUAACUAAAAGUAGCAUGUGUUUUUAAAAAAAAUAAAUCUCAUUAUGCCGGUUGACGUUUUAAGUCUCUGUCCAAAAUUAGAGAAUGUGGUUGUGGAAAGAAAACUAUAGAAACAAACAGAAACCUGAAAACCCUUUUUGGUUCUCUGCAAAUUGUGCUGAAUGUUGGAAAAUGGGAGACAAACUGUAUCCUUGAAUGUUCAACUUGUCUCUUUAGUGAAACGGCUCUUUCAUUAUAUUUUGAGCUAUAAAAGUUUAUGAAUGAAUGAAUGGCCCUUUUGAGAUCAGCUCAUAAAACUCACAACAUUGUCAUUAUUUCUGCUUUGGACAUGUAAAUAUAUAUAUAUAUGUGUGUGUGUGUGUGUGUAUGUAUAUUUUAGGAGGAGGACAUUGAAAUUGUUAAGAUAAAUGGUACAACCAAUCCCUUUAUAGGAGUGCAUGUGCAAGAAUGCAAAAUUCAGUGGCGAUCAUCUGAAUGGUUUUAGAUGUUUCCUGCUGCGGUGCCUUUUUGUAUCCAAGAGCCAGGUCCAGGAAUGUGGAGACCUGUGGUCCUCGCGAUUCAUUCCGCUGACAAAAGACAGUUGGGAUGCUAUUAUUAGUGCCGCUAUCCAUAUAUCCUUAUACCAGCCUGCAAACCCUCCUUUGUUUCUGUAAUCCCCUCAAAUAUCUUUUAUGCGGCAGAUCAUAUCGCCCACGAGGAAUGUUAAGACUCCUGCAAAGUGAGUGAGUGUGAACUCUGAAUGUGUUGAUCACUUACAGCUAUAAUACAAA